AGAAUAAAACCUAGCUUCUUGUACCUCGAUUGAUGCAUUGAGCAAAAUGAAGGCAAUGCUGUCGUUUCUUCUACUAAUUUCUAUUCCAGCGCUAAUAUCCUCUGACUUCAUAAUAACAGAAUCAGAAUUUCCACAGCAUGGGUAUAUGAGCAGUUCAUCAGAUGUUCUGGAACACGAUGGAAGAACCCUGAAGAAAAGAAGCAUUGGUGAACAUGGCAAAAAACCUGAACGGGACCUUGAAAUUUAUAGUAUGAAGAUUGAUUGCAAAGUCACAUCUCGAUUUGCUCACAACAUGGUAAUCAGCCGGGUAGUGAAUCGAGCCAAUGAAUCAAGGGAAGCUUUCUUUGAAGUGGAACUACCCAAAACGGCAUUUAUUACCAACUUCAGCAUGACUCUAGAUGGAGUGACUCAUGUGGGAGCUGUAAAAGAGAAAGAAGUUGCUCAGCAACAGUACCAACGAGCAGUUUCACGUGGACAGACUGCAGGACUUGUAAAAGCGUCUGGAAGAAAAAUGGAGAAGUUCAAAGUGUCAGUGAAUAUUGGACCAACAAAAAAAGUCACCUUUGAACUAACUUAUGAAGAAUUGUUAAAACGACAUCUGGGGAAAUAUGAAAUGCAAAUCAGAGUAAAACCCAAGCAGCUUGUCAAACAUUUUCAGAUUGAUGUACAUGUCUUUGAGCCACAAGGCAUUGCCUUUCUGGAUUUUGAUGCAAAAUUCUUGCCAAAUAAUCUGACUUCAAUUGUGAAAAAGACACUGACUGCAACAAAGGGCCAUAUUUCCUUUAAACCAACUCUUGAGCAACAGCGCAAAUGUCCUGACUGUGAUGAGACUAUUCUGGAUGGAGACUUCAUCAUAGAGUACGAUGUCCAUAGAGACCUGUCUGCCGGCACUGUUCAGAUUAUAAAUGGAUAUUUUGUCCACCAUUUUGCUCCUGCAAAUCUAACCAGAAUCCCUAAAAAUGUCAUCUUUGUAAUUGACCACAGUGGAUCUAUGUCAGGCACUAAAAUGCGGCAGACAAAUGAAGCCCUUUUAAAAAUUUUAGAUGAUAUGGACACAAAAGAUCACUUUGCAAUUAUUAUAUUCGAUGAUACUUCUGAUACCUGGAAAAACUCCAUAUUUCAAGCAACUCCAAACAAUGUGGCUGAAGCUAAACUAUUUGUACGAACCAUUUCAGCCAGAGGAGGAACAGACAUAAAUGCCCCAAUGUUGAAAGCAGUAAGACUUCUGGACAAGUCCCAUCAAGACAAGCUUCUGCCUGAAAGAAGUGUCUCCAUGAUUAUUUUGUUAACUGAUGGUGAUCCGAAUUCAGGUGAAUCAAACCCAACAAAAAUCCAGCAGAAUGUUAAAAGUGCCAUCAAUGGCAGGUACAAUGUGUAUUGCCUUGGGUUUGGUUAUGAUGUUAAAUACAGUUUUCUGGAAAAAAUGGCACUGGAAAAUAGUGGUGUAGCUCGGAGAAUUUAUGAGGAUUCAGAUGCUCCCUUACAGCUCCAGGGCUUUUACGAUGAAGUGGCAAAUCCCUUGCUUUUGGACAUUCAAUUGCAAUAUCCAGAGAAUGCUAUUUCAGAGAUAACUCAGUCCAAUUUUAGGCAGUUUUUUGAUGGGUCAGAAAUUGUAGUGGCUGGCAAGAUUUCAGAUAAUAACCUGGAGUCACUCAUUGCAGAGGUCUUUGCACAAACUGCCAAUGAAAAUCUCACUCUGAAAGCAGAAGUACAGAUAUCAGAAGUUGAAAAUAUCACUCAGCAGCAGCAAUACAUUUUCGGUGACUUUACUGAGCGACUGUGGGCUUAUUUGACCAUACAACAGCUGUUGGAGAAGCGUGUUUCGGCAGAGACAAAUGAAAAGAAAAACCUAACAGACAGAAUCCUGGAACUGUCACUCAAGUACAGCUUUGUAACCCCAUUAACGUCAAUGGUUGUCACAAAACCAGAGGAAAAUAAGAAUGACAGCUUUGUGGCUGACAAACCGUCAGAAGAUGAUAAUGCCCUAAUACAACAAAAACAUUAUGGUCCUCCAGGAUAUGCAUUACAAACAUCAAUGGCCAUACCUGGCUUUCACUAUAGAACACCCAGUUUCACUUAUGUUGACAGUGAUCCUCAUUUUAUUGUUUCAAUAAAUGAUCACAGUGAUGCCAUUUGUUUCAACAUUGAUGGAAAACCAGGGGCAAUUCUAAAUCUGGUCACAGAUCCAUCUACAGAUUUUGCAGUAAAUGGAGAAUUGAUUGGAGAGAAGAAAAUUGAAGUUAACAAGAAAAUAAAUACAUACUUCGGAAAGUUUGGAAUUGUGAGCAACAAAAUGGAUGUUAAAGUUGAAGUAUCAACUAAAACAAUUACAGUAUUUCAUGGAGAAGACAAGAUCGUAUUCCCCUGGUCAGCUACUGCAUCUGUAACAAAAGAGAGUUUCUCAAUUUCAAUUACGAAAGAAAAGAAUCUCACACUUACAAUGGGAGAUGAUGCAACGUUCAUUAUCGUGCUGCAUCGGGUCUGGAAAAAUCACCCUCUGCACAGAGACUUUCUGGGAUUUUAUACACUUGAUAGCCGCAGGUUCUCAAAUAUGACUCAUGGAUUACUUGGCCAGUUUUACCAUGAAGUAAGUGCUGAGAUAUAUAAUUUCCGCCCUGGUUUAGAUGAAGGCAAACCUGAUGCAACCAUGAUUGUAAAAGGUCACAAGCUCAGAGUAACAAGGGGUUACCAGAAAGAUUACAGAUUUGAUCCAAAGCGAGGAACCAAUAUCCCAUGCUGGUUUGUUCACUACAAUGGCAAAGGAUUUAUUGAUGGAAGCCCCACUGACUAUGUUGUAUCUUCUUUAUUUGACUCCCUAUAUUCAUAAGCUGAGAGCAGAUGAUGAGAGUUUAUUCCUCGGAUGACUUUAUUGCACAAUGACUUCAUAUAUCAAAUGCAAAUAUAGAUUAAAAAUCACAUCCGUAAGCA